AUGCGCUUAUUUUCCCUCGUAGCGGUAUUGUCUACUGCCGCAAACUGUUCAUGGGCUUUUGCCACCUUUGACCAUUUGGAAGACUUGUCUCAGAAGCUGAACAACUUCCGCAAUGAACUGUCUCCUCACACUCAGCUCUUUUUCCCCAGCGAUAAAAAUUGGACGACAGAAACUACCCAGCGGUACACCAUCCACGGUUCACCCACUUAUAUCGCCUCUAUUAAACCUGCCACAGAAUCUGAUGUGCAAAAGAUUGUGAAAUUUUGUUCAGAUUUAGAUAUUCCGUUUCUUGCAACUGGUGGCGGCCAUGGAUUUGCUACGACCUUCAGAAACCUGAAAAACGGCAUUGAGAUUGAUCUUGGAUUUUUCAGAAGCGUAUCCGUGGAUGCUACCGCAAACACGAUGACCAUUGGUGGUGGCACUCAUUUCCAGGAUGUGUUCGAUCCACUGUUCAAAGAAGGCAAAGAAAUCCAGACUGGCUCUUGUCCCUGCAUUGGGAUGCUAGGAGCUACAUUAGGCGGGGGUGUUGGCCGUUACAGCGGUUAUCAUGGUAUGAUCAUAGAUUCGCUUUUGUCCGUCCGGAUUGUUACUGCGGAUGGGAGAGUUACGCUUGCAUCACAAAAGCAGAAUUCGGAUUUGUUUUGGGCCGUUCGGGGUGCCGGCAUGAACUACGGCAUAAUACUUUCGGCCACAUACAGGGUCCAUGAUCAAACAGUGUCUCAUGUCACCAAUGUAGACAUUGACUUUCCCUUGAGCCAAAGUCGAACUCUUAUGAACUGGCUGAAAGAUCAUGAAACCACCAUGCCCAUUGGCUUGUCGCCAACCCUUCUCAUCGGUUAUUCCACCGAAAGGAAAGAGGCAACAUUUACCCUGAAUGUGGUGUACAUCGGCCCUAAAAAACAGGCUGAGUCGCUGCUUCGGCCGCUGCUGACGGCUGAUCACAUAAGGCAAAAUGUCUCUGAAGUGCCUUGGAACACAUUUCUCAAUGCGCCCUUCUGGGGAGUGCUGGGCAUGGGGUGUCCGAAGGGACUAAAUGCCAAUCUGUACGGGCUGGCAGUGAAAACGUUUGAUGUCGACACCUAUGUGAGCAUGUUUGAUAACUGGAACAAGUUUGUGCAAGCAAACCCAGAGACUCAGAAAAGUGUCUUUUACAUCGAAGCGUUUCCAACACAGGGAAUUAGAGCAGUGGCCGACGACGCAACUGCUUAUCCGCACCGUGAUGCAAAUGCUCAUUUACUCUUUAACUUUGAGUAUCCGACUGGCAAUAGUUCCCUUGAGCGGAAGGUGAAUGACUUUGCCGUCAAGUGCCGAAAUGAUUUAACCAGAGUUAGCGGUUAUAGUCAGCUCUCUGUGUACGUCAGCUAUGGUCAUGGAGAUGAAGCGGUGCAGUCUUUGUAUGGAUCCGAAAAGCUGCCUCGUCUCCGGGCGUUGAAGAAGAAAUGGGAUGCCAAAAAUCUUUUUAGGUUCAAUGAACCACUUGUUUAG